GCUCUUCUUAAAAGCAGAAUGUGAAGUUCUGCUGUCUUGUGCCGGCUGGGGAAAGGAAGAGCCGCAGACAUGGGGAAGCUUGCCUUGGUCCUGAUUCUCUGCUCGUGGAGCUUUGCUUUAGGAAAUGGGUGCGCUCAUUCAAGGAUAACCCCUGAUUUUGGAGACCUGUACCACGUCAAAGGAAUCAUCAACCUCCCUUAUGCCGAAAUCGAAGAGCCCUUCGAAGCCUGGUACAACCUUACUGGGAACAAGAGUCGCAUCGAGUACUACGAUGGCCAAGUGGUGACCUUGCAGCUUGGGAGCACAAAGCCCUAUGGCACCAUGUUUAAGCUCACCCCGCAAACCACAGAGGACGUCGUGAAUGCCGAGAAGUGCUUCCAGCUGAACGGCACCAAAGAUGGACCUGUGAAACCGCAAGGCGUCUUUCCCAGCUUUAAAGGCUUCAAGCCCAUAAGGGAAGAAUACUACAAAGGCAAAUACUGCACCGUGUGGCAGAACAUCUCUUACGGGGGCAAGAAGAAGAAUAUCUACACCAUGUGGGUCACCAACAGCAGCUGCGGUGUGUCGCCUGUGCACUACGAGAUGAAGGGCUUCAACACUUUGCUGGGGUCCCACUACGACAAGUAUGAAAUAGAUUACACCGACUUCUCCAACAGCUUCCCAGCUUCCGUCUUUGACCUGAAGCCAAACGAAACAAAACUAUGCGAUGAACUGCCCGGCGACUCCUCAGAGCACCACAUCAUGGCAAACCCCAUGGCAGAUUUUGUGGGGGGAGAAGAGGACCGAGCCCACCAAGUGUUCCACCAAUACAGAAAACGGUUUGGAAAGACCUACGACAAUGAACGGGAGAUGGAACACAGGAAGCACACCUUCACCCACAACAUGAGGUUUGUCCAUUCCAAGAACCGAGCCAACCUCUCCUACAAGCUGGCGCUGAACCACUUGGCGGACCUUACCCAGGACGAGAUAGCUGUGAUGAGAGGCAAGCUCAAGACCACAGCGCCAAACAACGGGCUGCCUUUCCCUGAGGAGAUGUACGUGGGCCUAAUCCUGCCAGAGAGCUUGGACUGGCGGCUUUAUGGUGCAGUGACUCCAGUUAAGGACCAGGCUGUGUGUGGCUCCUGCUGGAGUUUCUCCAGCACUGGAGCCCUCGAAGGGGCUCUCUUCCUCAAGACUGGGCAGCUCAUCCCUCUGUCUCAGCAAAUCCUCAUUGACUGCUCCUGGGGCUUUGGGAACUAUGCCUGUGACGGUGGCGAGGAGUUUCAGGCGUUCGAGUGGGUCAUGAAGCACGGCGGCAUUGCCAGCACAGAGUCCUACGGCCCAUACAAAGGCCAGAAUGGCUACUGCCAUAGCAACGACACUCAGCUUGUGGGCAAACUCAAAGGCUACGUCAAUGUCACCUCCGGGAACCGUACUGCUCUGAAAGCUGCCAUCUACAAGCAUGGCCCCGUGUCUGUCAGCAUCGACGCCUCCCACCGAAGCUUUUCCUUCUAUUCCAAUGGUGUCUACUACGAGCCCAAGUGUGGAAACAAACGAGGCCAGCUGGAUCAUGCGGUCCUAGCUGUAGGUUACGGUGUCCUCCAAGGCGAACUCUACUGGCUUGUGAAGAACUCCUGGUCCACCUACUGGGGAAAUGAUGGCUACAUCCUCAUGUCUAUGAAAGACAACAACUGUGGAGUUGCCACUGAUGCCACGUUCCCGAUCAUGGCAUAACCCCACCUUGCCUUGGGAAGCUCCUUCAGGGAAUCCCAGAACUGAUACUGUCCAAAUAUAUAUUUUGCUCUCAAUCAGGACCACCACCACCCCAUACGCCCAAAACUCCUAAACAUCCCUAACAUAUUUGUUUUUGUGUGCUGAAAUCUUUAGCCACAGGGCUGAAAGAGUUUUGGGGUUGUUGUUGUUGUUGUUGUUGUUUUAAAAAAGCCUAAUCUCAACUAUACUGGAAGCUAUUUCAUGAAGGCUCUCCCCCACCCUGAGAAGCAGGGUCUAAAUACUACCUGGAUAAAUGAAACCACAAAGUCCAGUCGUCUUAUAGGGAUCACCCUGUUGGAACAAAAAUAACUUCUGCACCUUCUUCCAAUAUUUUUGAGAGUCCUAAUCCUCCUUGUGCUUGCUUCUUGAACAGGCCCUUCAUCACCCAGUCUCUUCUUAUCCUUCAUCCCUCCAAUUCCUUAAACUCACUACAGUCGUACCUUGGAAGUCGAAUGGAAUCCGUUCCGGAAGUCUGUUCGACUUCCAAAACAUUAGGAAACCAAAGCGCAGCUUCUGAUUGGCUACAGAAAGCUCCUGCAGCCAAUCGGAAGCCCCGUUGGAAUUUCGGGUUCUGAAAAUAGUCACUUCUGUGUUUGUGGUAUUGGGGAGCCAAAAUGUUUGACUUGCAAGGCGUUCGGGAUUCAAGGUACGACUGUAAUAAGAAUUAUAGAAGCCGUUUUCUUGGGUGUUUGCUGUCCCCUCACCAUGAACCCCUGUUUCCAAAGCUUUUACAAAAACCACUGUACAAACCGCAGCACAGUGUAUUACGGUGCCAGGCCUGGAAAUUUGCAAGUGGGUGGGGAAUUCCUUAAGCCAUGCACAAGCCAAGGAGCUAUGUCCUUGUGGGCCCUUAGGUCAGGGAGGUGGAACCUGUGCCCUUCCAGAUGUUGCUAGACUACAACUCCCAUCAUUCCUGAGCACCUGCCAUGCUUGCUGGAGCUGAUGGGAGUUGUAGUCCCAACACCACCUGGAGCCCAGCAGCUCUGCAUCCCCACAUCCUGGAGUGCAGGAUUCUUUUUACAUGAAAGGUGAUGUACAGCAGUUGUAGAAGGAUGGGUGAUCAACUAUGGCUUUGUCAAAGCUCCAUUCUCAGGUGUUCCUUCCUCUUCUGCAUCAGCUGCUAUGGCUCUUCCCAAGUGAGCCAAUUAAAAAUAUGUACAUACCAUG